UGUCAUAAAAGUGAAUUUAUCGAACAAAUGCGGAGUGCGCCCGAAUUGAUUUUAUGUCAGCCUUCAAGGCAUUGUCAGGGCGCAACAUUUGAACUUGGUGUUCAGAUAAUAUCGGUGAAUUGACGAAAAUGUGGAGUAAAAAUGUUAGUGACUAGACAUUUGUAGUUACAUUUACAACUUUUAUCAAUUGUGAACCGAAGAAUAGGUUUUUUUUAUUAUUUUCUAUACAAAGUAAAGCAAGAACAAUGGCAGCGCCUAUAGACUUGGAUAAGCCUCGCUACGACCAAAGCACUUACGCCGGUCGCGCCAAGCACUUCCUGCAGCUUACCAACCCGCUGAACGUGCUGGCAUCUGAUUCUGAACUUGAUGAAGCGCAGAAGAUUGUAGCCGAAUUCAGGAAAACUCGUCGCUUACCACCUGGCUAUAAUGAGGAGAAGCUAUGGCAGACGAAGUAUUUGUACGACAGCGCGUUCCACCCCGACACGGGGGAGAAGAUGUUCGUUCUAGGACGCAUGGCGGCGCAGGCGCCUAUGAAUACUAUCAUCACUGGGUGUAUGAUAACGUUCUACAAGACGAACCCGGCUAUCAUAUUCUGGCAGUGGGUGAAUCAGACGUUCAACGCUGUUGUCAAUUACACCAACAGAUCUGGUGAUGCGCCGCUUUCUACAAAGCAAUUAUUGGCUUCAUAUUGCGCAGCAUGCGGAGGAGCUCUCGGCACUGCCCUAUACUUGAACAGCAAAGUGAAGAACAUGAAACCUAUUUACGCGAGGCUGGUGCCUUUCGCUGCCGUCUGCGGCGCUAACUUCAUCAACAUUCCAAUGAUGAGGAGCAAUGAGCUGAUAAACGGUACGCCAGUGUUCACACCUGAUGGACAGCGCGUCGGCGAGUCGAAGACGGCGGCGCGCAGCGGCAUAGCGCUCGUCUGCAUAUCCAGAGUGCUAAUGGCCGUUCCCGGAAUGACCAUCACCCCAGUGAUAACAAACUACGCGACACGGCGUGGUAUGUUCUGCAAGUACCCGAUGGCGGUGGUCCCGUUCCAGCUGUUCUUGGUGGGGCUGUGCGUGACGUUCGCCACGCCGCUCUGCUGCGCGCUGUUCAGCCAGCAGGCGCAGAUAUCUAUAGACAGGCUCGAGGCUCACCUUAAGGAGGAAGUAAAGAAGAAAUAUCCCAAGGUAACAGAAUUGACCUUUAACAAGGGUCUGUAAGUCACGAAGCUUCGGGUGUAGUUAAUUUUACAACACACUUGAGUGAGGGUAUAAUAAUGUAGGGCAAGCGCCACAAAACCUUAGCACUAAAGUAAAAGCAAUCAUUUUUAAUUUAUAAGGGAUAAACCCACCAAUACUAGACCAAGUCCGGCCCUGUAUAAAUAUGUGAUAAAUAGGGCCAUUUACUGUAUGAAAUAUCAAAUCCCUACCUCCCCUUAGGGGACUUGCUCACGUACCCCGGUACCCGAAUUCGGCCCUGAACAAACUUCCUCACAACAGGGCUGUAACAAACUAUUAUUCUAGGUAUUAGUUAUUGCUAAAGCUUAUUUUUCUUCGUUAGCAAAUAGUUUCAAACAAGUUAGGAAAUAGAAACCUUCAAAAUAAAUCACAUGUCUUCGUAGUUCGUACGUAUUAUUUGUAUAGCUUUUACUUAUGCAAAAUAUAAGAGCGCGAAACAUAAACUAUCAUUUUUUUACAUUUGUAAAAUGAGAUCCUUACAUUUGUGCUUAUUAUAAGUUUUUAUUUUGUUAUUGCAAUUCAUACGAUAUGUUUUCGUUUUGUAUGAAUUUUAUUAUUUGUUUUGAAUUUAUAUAUCAAUUUUAUUUUAGAGAUGUUAUUCCAUUUUUGUUAUUUGUAUGUUUUUUACUACAUAAUAAUGAUCAUGUUAAUUUUUUUUACGUAUUACUCAUGGAAUUCACGUAAAAAAUACCGCAUUUGUUUCUAUAUCUGAUAGAUAUUUCUACAGUAUAGAAUUAAUGCUAAAUAUAAUUGUGUACAUGAGUGGAUUUGCUUCAAUGCUAGGUUGUGAAACCCCCUAUGAUCUGACUUUUAGACCUUAGGAGGCGAGCCCUUCGGUUCAGCAAUAACUAUGCAAUACAUUCCAAAUUAAUUAAAUAUGUUAUAUGCAUUGUCAUUUCCCGUAUGGUUUGUGAAUGAUUGUCAAUUUACGUAUUGUGGAAUUGUCCCCAUGUUUUUGUCAAAUAAAUGAACAUUUCUGCAUAAACAUUGAAUAUUCUGCACUAUUGGGCCUGUAACUGCAAAAAUGGUCUAAACAAGGCACUAUUUGAAAGUGGCGUAAAGAUUAUUUUAAACUCAAAUAUAUUGACUAUUUAUUAUAAUAAUCCAUGGGAAACAAUAUCGUAAGGCCGCUUUUCAAUUGAAAUGUAAAAAUUAAGCCAUUUCUACAUUGACGGCAUAUAUAAAAUGGCAAUAACAUGGUGGCACAUGCACAGAUCAAGGACAAUAAUUAGUUAAUUGUAUGUUUGUGCUAAAUGUAUUCAGCUGUAGCAUCAAAUGCUGCCAUAGUAUGGAACUAUGUACAAAAUAAAUAUGUAUGAACGUUUCAAA